ACAGUUGGUUAGUUGGGACGGACAGCAUCAUCCCCCUCGAGCUUCGAGCUCAGCAGCGAGCUCGAGCUUCGAGAGAGAGAAUCGACGGGCUUGCUCUUCGCCUCUCUUCGCCUCUCUUCGGUCCACCGAGAGAAGCGUUGGCGUUGGCGCAACCAGGACACUCGAAACGAACGAUCAUUCGCUCAGGCGUUUGUCGUCGAACGAGCGAGCGAGCGAGGGAGUUAAUUUUGGGUCCUUUGCUGUUCUCUUCUCCUCGUUCGGUUCAAUGCAAGGAGUCGGUGCUCGCGCCGCCUCGAAUUGCUCUUCAAUAGCGCGCCUGGCUGCAGGAGGCAUGCAUACGGUCCGCCCGUAGUGGAUGAAUUGCAUUUGGCCGCGAAGCGAAGCGCAGGCAGGGCCCGAUGCAGGCAGGCAGACGCGGUCGGUGGUCGUGAUGUGGUGGAUGGUGCGCUUCGGAGUGUUGUCGCACCUCUUCGGUAGCUGCUGCUGCAGCGAGUGAAGAAGGAGCGCAAUCCGCCAUCACUCGAAUCUCAUGUGCACGAGCCACGGAAGGAGUGUGAGAGACAAGCGGAAACUCUGUGGCAGACGAGUGUGAGAGACGAUGGUCGUGAUGGCGAGCGAGUACCGCAUGUUGGAGGACGCGAGCGGGGGCGCCCGCGCGAGCGCGAAACCGCGUGGCCACCAUGUGAACUUGGCGGCGCUUCUGCUCGUGCUCAUGCUGCUGAGUUGCGCCGUGCACCGGCAUUUCUUCUCGACGGCCGACGCUGGGCCCGCCGACCUCGUCCAGACGAGGCCCGAGACGGAUAUCCCGUCCACCGUCGAGGGGCCGUUCGCUCCCAGGACGGUGCCGUUCGACGGCACGCUGACGCUGGGGAGCGAAGAUCUCAACGGGAGCAACCCGCGCGUCGUUCGAACGGCGACCGGCAUGGAGCCGGAGCAGAUCUUCCUGGCGCUCUCCACCCCGGACGCCAUGUGGGUGUCGUGGGUCACCGGUGAAGCGCAAAUCGGCCAGAAUGUGGAACCUCUGGAUCCGAGCUCCGUGGCCAGCGUCGUCGUCUACGGCACCGGGACCAACCGGUACACGGACUCCGUUAAUGGCACCUCGGAAAUCUACAACCAGCUCUACCCUUUCGAGGGCCUCGACAACUACACCUCCGGCAUCAUUCACCACGUCCGCAUGACCGGAUUGGAACCGGACACUCUGUAUUUCUACCGAGUUGGGGAUCCGUAUUUGGGGUCGAUGAGCGAUGAGCAUUUUUUCACGACGAUGCCAGCUCCUGGACCUGCCAGCUUCCCAACUCGGAUUGGGGUGAUUGGAGACAUCGGUUUGACGUACAACUCCACUUCGACGUUCGAUCAUCUCGUCCAGAACCGACCGGACCUCGUUCUCAUGGUCGGAGAUUUGACUUACGCGGAUCUCUACGUCACGAACGGCACGGGAUCCUCCUCGUACAGUCAGACGUUUCCCGACACUCCCAUUCACGAGACUUAUCAGCCGAGAUGGGAUCUAUGGGGCAGGUUCAUGGAGCCAUUGACAUCCUCAGUGCCUUUCAUGGUGAUCGAAGGAAACCACGAGAAGGAACCUCAGAUGGACAACAGAACUUUUGCAUCGUAUCAGGCCCGCUUCGCUGUACCUUUCAAGGAAAGCGGAUCGCCCAACAGUUUCUACUACUCGUUUGACGCUGGCGGCAUUCACUUUCUCAUGCUCGGAGCUUACACAGACUACAGCCAAUCCAGCGCGCAGUAUGCAUGGCUCGAGCGAGACCUGGCGAAUGUGAACCGCAGCGUUACGCCGUGGCUGAUUGCGACAUGGCACCCACCAUGGUACAACAGCUACACUGCACAUUACAGGGAGGUUGAGUGCAUGCGGAUGUCCAUGGAGGAUUUGCUGUAUCAGAACGGGGUCGAUCUGGUGCUGAAUGGCCACAUCCAUGCCUACGAGAGAAUGAACAGGGUCUACAACUACACUCUGGACGAUUGUGGCCCUGUACACAUAACCAUCGGCGACGGUGGAAACCACGAGAAAAUAGCUCUCAAGCACGCAGACGAUGAGCCCGGGCUCUGUCCCGACAUCAGCAGCACCGGUGAUGAUUUCGGCACCUGUGGGUUCAAUUUCGACUCGGGUCCUGCCGCAGGUCGGUUCUGCUGGCAGUCGCAGCCUGAAUGGAGUGCUUAUCGAGAGGCGAGUUUUGGCCACGGCAUCAUUGAGGUGAUCAAUUCCACGCAUCUUCUGUGGACGUGGCAUCGCAACCAGGACCUGUUCUCAGGUGUCGGGGACCAACUUUAUAUCGUAAGGCAACCUGGAAUUUGCUUUAACCAGUCGUUUGAGUAGAAAACAUCAUUUGUACACAUUCUUUUGGAGAAUUGGUGAGUGGUUGACAGGACAACAACUCUUCGGCGUAUAUCUCCAGUUUUCUGAUGAGGACAGUUCAGUACUCCGGAUGAUUCGAUAUACCUUCUAAUUUAUGUAACCCAUAUGGUAAAGGUGGGCUUGUACAUCUAGAAACAGCUCUGACUGAAACAUGAAGUGUAGUGACAUGUCAUUUUCGACCACCUUCUCAAAGGUCCAUUGGCCUUCUGUAAAAUUUUCUACCGAUUAAAUUGCUCCUUCAUCGAUAGUGACGCUGACGUGUUGCUUUGCAAUGUUACAUUUCGAACACCGCCUCGUUUACAAUGUGCACAAAUUUUACAAAAUCACCUUUUCAAUCAAUCUCAUGAAUGUAUGUUUGAACCCUACUGUAUGUAUCAACAUUUAA